UUUAAAGUCCCUAGUGACGAUAACUUUGUUGUACCUCAGCAAAGAUCAUAAUUAAUUGUUUCCGAAGAAGUUUAUGCUUGAUUUUGGUCAGGCAUAUAUUUGGGCAGCCCACCUGAAACGAACAAGGAAGGCGGGGGAAGAAAGCGGAAGCCGCGGGGCCUUCUAAGUCCGAAAGUCUCCGGAGCUUGCGCCAGGCUCUUCGCGGCGUCCACCCCUUAGACGCAAGUUGCUGAAGCCGGUCGGGGAGAAGGCGUUGUUGCCGGAGCUGAGACCGGGCGGUCACAGUCCGCAGGGAUGAACCUCGAGUUGCUGGAGUCCUUUGGGCAGAACUAUCCAGAGGAAGCUGAUGGAACUUUGGAUUGUAUCAGCAUGGCUUUGACUUGCACCUUUAACAGGUGGGGCACACUGCUUGCAGUUGGCUGUAAUGAUGGCCGAAUUGUCAUCUGGGAUUUCUUGACAAGAGGCAUUGCUAAAAUAAUUAGUGCACACAUCCAUCCAGUGUGUUCUUUAUGCUGGAGCCGAGACGGCCAUAAGCUCGUGAGUGCCUCCACUGAUAACAUAGUGUCACAGUGGGAUGUUCUUUCAGGCGACUGUGACCAGAGGUUUCGAUUCCCUUCACCCAUCUUAAAAGUCCAGUAUCAUCCGCGAGAUCAGUAUGUCUAAGCUAUUUCUCUCCUGGGGUGGGGUCUAAUUCUAUAUGGACUAUAUGGAAUGGGCUCAUGAUAAUUUUAGUUACGGUUUUAGAAGGCAAAUACGCAUCUCUUCAAAACUUCUACAUAAAAUAAUCUUUCUAUCUAGGUUGGCUCUACUGAAUACAUUUCUUUCUUUCUUUC